GUUAUCACGAAAUAUUAAAAGUUGACUCAUCGUUUUGUAUAUUAUAGCUACGUCUUCAUUUUUAAUCCAAUAACGAGUUUCCUUGCUAUUUAAUUAUAUUUACUGAUAUAUGUGAAGUUGUGCUAUUAUUCUAGAUUAAUUAAUAUUUAUAAUAUUGUGACAAUUCUAGACAAAUUUGUUGAUUUUUUGUGCUUAAAACUUGAGUAAAAAGUUUAAUUAUUUAAUUUUGAAUUGAAAUGGCAACUGAAAAGUGUCAGAUGCGUGCAUUAAUAUUAGUUGGUGGAUAUGGUACAAGAUUGAGGCCUUUAACAUUGUCUAGACCCAAACCUCUUGUUGAAUUUGCUAAUAAGCCGAUUCUAUUGCAUCAAAUUGAGGCACUAAAGGAAGCUGGUGUAACUGAGGUGAUUUUGGCAGUAUCAUAUAGAGCAGAUGAAAUGGAAAAGGAACUAAAACAUGAGACAGAAAAGUUGGGAGUGAAUCUGAUAUUUUCACACGAAACAGAACCACUUGGAACUGCUGGUCCUUUAGCUUUGGCCAAAGAUAUCUUAUUAACAAGUUCAGAACCAUUUUAUGUACUAAAUUCUGACGUCAUUUGUGACUUCCCAUUUCAAGAACUUGAGAAAUUUCACAGAAAUCACGGUAAAGAAGGAACAAUCGUGGUGACAAAAGUAGAAGAACCUUCCAAAUACGGAGUCGUUCUGUAUAAUAAUGACGGAUGCAUUGAAAGCUUUAUCGAAAAACCUCAAGAAUUUGUCAGUAAUAAAAUUAAUGCAGGCUUGUACAUCCUUAAUCCUUCCGUUUUAUCACGCAUUCAAUUGAAACCGACGUCCAUUGAAAAAGAAGUAUUUCCAUACAUGUCAAGUGACAAGCAGCUUUAUGCAUUCGAGCUUAAUGGUUUUUGGAUGGAUAUUGGACAACCAAAAGACUUUUUAACAGGAAUGUGCUUAUAUUUAAAUUCAUUGAAACAUCGUGAUCCAUCUCAGUUAUAUGAAGGUGAAGGAAUCGUUGGGAAUGUAUUAGUUGAUCCAUCGGCGAAAAUCGGAAAAGGCUGCAGAAUUGGACCAAAUGUAACAAUUGGUCCCGACUGUGUAAUUGAGGAUGGUGUGUGUAUCAAGAGAUGUACUCUUCUAAAGGGAGCUAUCAUCAAAUCACAUUCAUGGCUCAGUUCAUGCAUAAUUGGAUGGCGAUGUAUUGUUGGUCGAUGGGUUAGAUUGGAAGGAAUAACUGUACUAGGAGAAGACGUGAUUGUAAAAGAUGAAGUAUUCGUAAACGGAGGACAAGUAUUGCCGCACAAAAGCAUCACCGAAAGUGUUCCUGAGCCAUCAAUUAUUAUGUAAAAAUGAUUUUUUUUAUACAAGGAAUUGUCUUAUAUUAUUUUUUAUACACGUACGUCUGUUCUUAUCAUCAUCUUUUAAAACACAUUAUUUACUCUUACUUCUGUUCACGUAUUUUGUUGCAAUAAAGCGCAUUCCUUUAAUUUGAUAAGAGUAUUAAAAUAAAAAUUAAUUUACAUAAAUUUCAAAGCGA